AUGGAAGUGUCGUUUUCAAGCUCUUUGAGCGCUUUAUUACCUAAACCAAAGCAUUCCCAAGCUGUCUCAGAACCUUCGAGCGAAACCCAGGAGCUAAUAGCUGUCUCCAGCGACUUGAAAAGCAAGAACAGUGUCGACCAAGAUCCAGACGAAUUCAACAACAAAAGUGUGAAUUUUGAGGCAUUUUUACCUCUCAGACAAAAAUUUCCAGCCCUGAAAGUACCCCUGCCUAGUGAGACCCAAAUUCGUGAAACUUACGAGCACACAAGAGCUGUUUUCGACAAGAUUGUGAAAGAGAAACUAAAUCCGCAAGGAACAACGACAAGAAAAGGAGUUAGAGCCAGUGGUGGCACCAAGACAAUAGAAUACAAUGGCGGGAAAGACACCAUUGGCGAAAAGGGACGAGUUCUGCAAAUUGUAGAUCGUCAAAUUGACCCAUUGCAACCAAAAAUGUUCAAAGUGAAGAAAAUGGUUGCACCACCCAGUGAAGAUGAACCUUUCGCACCCAUAUUGCAUAAAUCUGACGACAAGGUUCCCCAGCUCAGUAAGGAGGAGCGUGCUAAAUGGGCCAUUCCAUCUGCGAUCUCGAACUGGAAAAAUCCAAAUGGUUAUGCAAUAGCGCUGGACAAAAGAGUAGCAGUAGAUGGUCAGUCAAACCGUGGACUUGGUUCCGAUCAUCAAAUAAGUGACGGGUUUACUAAGCUUUCAGAGGCGCUGGAUAAUGCCGAAAAAGAUGCGAGACGGGACGUAAAAUUGAGAGCAGAAGCCAAAAGGAUGUUACUGGAACAGGACGCUCGUGACAAGGAAGAAAAGUUAAGACUUUUAGCCCUCAAAGCCCGCGAAGAAAGAGCGAAGGUGGCCAAAAGUUUAAACUCUUCAAGUGAAAACGAAAUCGGUUCCCUCAGAGAUCGGGAAGCCGAAAAAAAGCAGCGACGGUUGCAGUUGGAAAAAGACCUGCGACAAUCUAAAAUGGGUACAGCGGACCGCUUGAGAGCCCUGGCCGCUAAACAGAACCGGGAAGUCUCUGAAAAAGUGAUUAUUGGCGCCGCCAAAGCCACUGAUACUUCUGGUGUCCAGUAUGACUCACGGUUUUUCUCCAAGGCAGCGAAUGCAAAUGCCACAAGAAGUGCAGACCAAGUUUAUGAUAAUCCGCUGUUUGUACAGGCCGGUAUCAAUACGAUGUACCGUCCCAACUUUUCUCAACUGGCGGAUACUCAGCGGACAGAAGAUAUAACACAUUCCCUGGGUAAACAAGUUUAUGAUACCACGACUGUUACUGAAAAGAGAGGACGCGAAGGACCGGUCGAGUUCACAGAGGCUCAAGUGGACCAAGAAGACUCCACAGAUCUGGAAACAGAACCCAAUUCCUCGAAGAAGCAUCGUGCUAUCUGA